AUGGCAUCAAGUACGAUUAGAAAGGCGAUUGGGGCAGUGAAGGACCAAACAAGCAUAAGCAUAGCCAAGGUGGCCGGCAAUGUUGCACCUGACCUCGAGGUCUUGAUUGUAAAAGCCACAACCCAUGAUAACGAGCCUGCGGAUGAGAAAUAUUUAAGGGAGAUAUUGAAUUUGACAUCCUAUUCAAGAGGGUAUGUGAAUGCCUGUGUUAUUGCAAUUUCAAAGAGAUUGAACAAAACCUGCGAUUGGAUUGUGGCAUUGAAGGCCUUAAUGUUGGUCCAUAGGCUGCUGAGUGAUGGGGACCCAAUUUUUGGACAGGAGAUAAUGUACGCCAGUCGGAAGGGGACAAGAGUUCUAAACAUGUCAGAUUUUCGGGAUGAGGCUCACUCGAAUUCGUGGGACCACUCAGGGUUCGUGAGGGCCUAUGCGCGGUAUUUGGAUCAAAAGCUUGAGUUUAUGGUGUAUGAGAGGAAAUUGAAUGGUGGUGAUGGCGUUAAAAAGAGUUAUCAGGAUGAGUAUGGAGAGUUUAAGGAUGAUCCCAAUUAUGGGAUGUAUAGGUCAUGGUCUUAUGGUGAUCUGAACGGCCCACGAAAGGAAGUGACACCUGUUAAGGAAAUGAAGCCUGAGAGGAUUUUGGAGAGGCUCAAUCAAUUGCUUAGUCUUCUUGAUCGUUUAUUAGCUUGUAGACCAACGGGCUCUGCAAAGAACAGUAGGAUGGUAAUCAUAGCACUAUACCUGCUUGUGAAGGAGAGUUUUAAACAUUACCCUGAUAUAUGUGAGGUGUUGGGCAUUUUGUUAGAUCGGUUUUUGGAAAUGGAAUAUGUUGUUUGUGUUAAGGCCUUUGAUGGUUAUGUAAAUGCAGCAAAGAUGAUUGAUGAACUUGCCAGCUUCUAUAAUUGGUGCAAGGAUACAGGAGUUGUGAGGUCAUCAGAAUUCCCGGAAGUGCAGAAAAUUACUGACAAGCUUUUGGGGACCCUUGAAGGGUUUUUGAGGGAAAAGGCAAAUAGGCCAAAGAGCCCUGAGAAAAGCGGGAAACCUACUUCUUCUCAAAUUAAAGAGGACGAUGCACCAAACAUGAAUGAAAUAAAAGCUCUUCCCCCACCAGAGGUUUGCAGUCCUCCCCUUGCACCAGAGCCCCAACCUGUACAACAGACUCAUCAAGUGACUGAGGAAUUGGUGAAUUUGAAGGAUGACGGGGUAUCGGCUGAUGAACAAGGCAACAAAUUGGCAUUGGCUUUAUUUUCUGGACCUGCUGCUAAAAAUCCAAAUGGUGCAUGGGAAACAUUCCUAACAGAUGGAAAGAACGAAGUGACUUCAGCAUGGCAGAAUCCAGCUGCUGAGAGUGGUAUGGCCAACUGGGAAUCAACCUUAGUCGAGUCAGCUAGCAAUUUAACAAAACAGAAGGCUGAUUUAGCAGGAGGUUUUGAUUCACUCUUGUUGACUGGUAUGUAUGAUCAGGGGGCAGUGACGCAGCAUGUAAAUAUUUCUCAACUGAGUGGUGGGAGUGCAAGUAGUGUUUCAUUGCCUGCGACAGGCAAAAGAGUGACACCCAUUUUGGCGUUGCCUGCUCCUGACGGAACAGUCCAACCAGUUGGGCAACAAGAUCCGUUUGCAGCGUCUCUAUCUGUGCCACCACCAUCCUAUGUUCAAAUUGCAGAUAUAGAGAGGAAACAGCAACUGCUCACACAGGAGCAGCAGAUUUGGCAGCAAUACGCCAGUAAUGGGAUGCAAGGCCAAUUGGGCUUGGCCAAGGUUGCUGGCUCUGCUGGUUAUUAUGGUGCCGGAAUGCAAUCCAUGAUGUCUUUUGGAAUGCCACAAGUGACGGGCUUGGGUCAACCUGGGGGUUAUUACCACACACCAUUCUAA